AUGCCGCGCUUUCACCAUCUUUUCCCUUUGCUUGUUUCCUGGCUGGCUGCUGCAAACCCCUUGCCCACUACUCAAAAUGCUGAUCUAGAUGCUACCAAGCAUGCAAACCAUGUUUUCAAUGCGGUGCACAGUUCUCUACGCCAGUUUGGAUCGAGCCUGAAUCAUAAUGGUAUGAGUUUGUUUAUCGCUACGGUUCCGGAGGGCACAGAAUUAUAUCAUGGCACUGAGAAAGACGAGCGUGUGGAGGGGAUGCAAUGGCUUGCUUUUGAGCCUGAGCAUGCUUUGAUUUUUGCGAGAGGGAGAAGAGGGCCCCCGCCUGGUGCUGGUCGUGGACCUCCUGCCGAUGGUCAUGGACCUCCUGCCGAUGAAGAGGAAGAUGAGACGUCUGAAGGAAUCCCAUCCCAAUCAGAACUGGAGAGCGAAGACAACGAGAAGCACCAUCUUCCUGAGGGCCGACCGAGACAUCGUGGAGGCAAAGAUGGCAAGAGUCGGAUCGGUAAACCUCAUGGCGACAAAGGAUGUCAUGGACCUUCUCGUAACGACUCUCGUCCGGAUGGUCCGCAUCAUGGUCCGCCGCCACCACCACCACCACCACCUCAUCAUGGCCCUCCUGGACACAAAUACAACGAUACACCACGACGCUGCCCUCCUGGAGAAGGCCAUCUUCCUUGUCCCGGACCUCCAGACAAGGGUCAACACGGAGCUCCUCGUAGAGGUCCUCCAUUCGAGCAUCACGAACCUCCGCCCGAUUGGUUCAAGCACCACGAUGAGGACCACAAUGAUCACGACCAUCACGAGCACCACGAACCACCGCCUCAUGAGGGUUUCGGUGGACUGAGUGGCUCGCAUCACGACCAACCUGGUCACGAUGGUUUCCCCGUACUACCAAUCGGCUACUGGGUUCAUCGCCUCGGAGACCUGAUGCGCAACCCCAAGCGGCGCCAUGCAACUCCUCCAAAGGAUGUACCUACUAAGCCCAUCCAGUCCGAGAUGAUCGACACACGAGCAGAGCAAGAACCGCUCGCUCCCGGCAACCCUGGAGACAACAACUCAGGAUACUUGCACACCUACCGCACGAAACACAAUCUGCGUUUACUCUACGUGGACGGUCAAUCUGCUGCAAAGUCCAAGAAGGGCACUCUUGACACUCAAGAUGUGCUGCUAUUGGAGAACAUCAUCGACAACGACUCAGGCAUGUUUGGCGAGCAAGAACGUGCGACUGAGCUGUGCAAGCUAGCCCACGAGCAAUGGGAUGAUCGUAUCGACGGUAUCCUACGCAUGGAAGGUGGCUUCGAGAUCAUCUUGUGCGACUUUGCUGCUCAUCUCGAUGUUGUCAGUAUCGCCAAGACGAACCCUAAAGCUGGCGGUGGCUUUGGUGGUGGUGCCGAUAACGGCGAUGGCUUUAACUACUAUCGCGCUGUUGCUGCUCGUUAUCAUGGUAUUGGUGGUGGUCGUGCGGUGCUAGAUUACGAAGGGUUUGUCUCUGCCUUUGCGUAUCCGGAGGCCGUCUUCUUUGACGAUGGUGGUCGUCCCCGCCUCAACAACGAAUCUUCUGCGAUGGACAGCGUGCGUCAAGCCGUAGACAAGAUGAUCUUGCGUGAGGAAGAACAUGCUGGGUCCGUCGACUGGCAAGCCAUUGCCGAUAUGAUAGUCGCACGCUACGCCGACCGCAUCGAGUACCUAGCCUCGGGAUCCUUGACCUCUCUGUCAACGUUACAAGCAGAGAUUGAACGUGCGCUGCGUCCAUUCAUCGACUACAGCGCCCGCAACAGCAGCUCGGAGGUCGAACGAUGUGCUUCGCAAUUCAUCCCACCCACUACAUCAACGAAUGUAGCAGCUCAGGCGAUACGCCAUGUUACACACACUCUCUGCUCAAGCUUGAUGACUGCAGCUGAGCAAACAGAUUACCUCACCGCAUUGAGUCAGAUCACCCAACUGAAAGAGUACCUAGCCUGGACGACAUGGAAGCAAUGCCGUGGCUGUGCUGCAGAUGAGAUCUGUUUCUUGCCCAUCUGGCCUGUUGGUACAGCAGAAGACUUUGAACAGCCAAAGUGCAGGUCUGAUGUCAGUCUCGCACCUGGUCAUGGUAGUGGUGAUCGCUAUUGGAACGACUUUGGUGGGCCUGGACGUGGUGGACCUGGAGGCAAGGGUCCUGGUUCGCAGAAACGUAGGAAGAAGGAUAUUUAA